CGGGGACGAUUCGCGAGUGGGAGGGGCCAGGAGGAAGAGGCGGGGGAGGGGAGGGGAGAGCGAGAGCCCGGGACGGCGCCUGCGCGGUGGGCGUGAUCCGGGCACUUAGGGCAGGAUGAACGCUGCUUUCCAAGAUGGCGACGGAGGGAGGAGGGAAGGAGAUGAACGAGAUUAAGACCCAAUUCACCACUCGGGAAGGUCUGUACAAGCUGCUGCCGCACUCGGAGUACAGCCGGCCCAACCGGGUGCCCUUCAACUCGCAGGGAUCCAACCCCGUCCGCGUCUCCUUCGUAAACCUCAACGACCAGUCUGGCAACGGCGACCGCCUCUGCUUCAAUGUGGGCCGGGAGCUCUACUUCUAUAUCUACAAGGGGGUCCGCAAGGCUGCUGACUUGAGUAAACCAAUAGAUAAAAGGAUAUACAAAGGAACACAGCCUACUUGUCAUGACUUCAACCACCUAACAGCCACAGCAGAAAGUGUCUCUCUCCUAGUGGGCUUUUCCGCAGGCCAAGUCCAGCUUAUAGAUCCAAUCAAAAAAGAAACUAGCAAACUAUUUAAUGAGGAAAGACUAAUAGACAAGUCACGCGUAACCUGUGUCAGAUGGGUUCCUGGUUCGGAAAGCCUUUUCCUAGUGGCCCACGCGAGUGGGAGCAUGUACUUGUAUAACGUGGAGCACACUUGUGGCACCACAGCCCCCCACUACCAGCUUCUGAAGCAGGGCGAGAGCUUUGCCGUACACACUUGCAAGAGCAAAUCCACGAGGAACCCUCUCCUUAAGUGGACAGUGGGCGAGGGGGCCCUCAACGAGUUUGCUUUCUCCCCAGAUGGCAAGUUCCUGGCCUGCGUGAGCCAGGACGGCUUUUUGCGGGUGUUCGACUUUGACUCGGUGGAGCUGCACGGCACAAUGAAGAGCUACUUCGGAGGCUUGCUGUGCGCGUGCUGGAGCCCGGACGGCAGGUACAUUGUGACGGGCGGCGAGGACGACCUGGUGACCGUCUGGGCUUUCGGGGACUGCCGAGUGAUCGCUCGAGGCCACGGGCACAGAUCCUGGGUCAGCGUCGUGGCGUUUGACCCCUACACCACUAGCGUGGAGGAGAGCGACCCCAUGGAGUUCAGUGGCAGUGACGAGGACUUCCAGGACCUCCUCCAUUUUGGCCGAGACCGGGCCAACAGUACCCAGUCCCGGCUGUCCAAACGGAACUCUGCCGAGAGCCGCCCCGUCAGUGUGACGUACCGGUUCGGCUCGGUGGGCCAGGACACGCAGCUCUGCCUCUGGGACCUCACGGAAGACAUCCUUUUCCCUCACCAGCCCCUCUCGAGAGCAAGGACACACACCAAUGUCAUGAACGCCACGAGCCCUCCUGCCGGCAGCACAGGGAACAGUGUCGCGACGCCCGGCAACUCCGCGCCCCCGCCCCUGCCCCGCUCCAACAGCCUCCCCCAUUCCACCGUCUCCAGCGCCGGCAGCAAGAGCAGCGUGGCCGACGGCGCCCUCGCUUCUGGGGUCAGCAAAUUCGCGACGCUCUCCCUGCACGACCGGAAGGACAGGCACCAUGAGAAAGACCACAAGCGAAACCACAGCAUGGGACACAUUUCUAGCAAGAGCAGCGACAAACUGAACCUGGUUACUAAAGCCAAAACGGACCCAGCUAAAACCCUGGGGACGCCCCUGUGUCCUCGGAUGGAAGACGUUCCCUUGUUAGAGCCACUCAUCUGUAAAAAGAUAGCACAUGAGAGACUGACUGUGUUAAUUUUUCUUGAAGACUGUAUAGUCACUGCUUGUCAGGAGGGAUUUAUUUGCACAUGGGGAAGGCCUGGUAAAGUGAGAUGCUGAUCGUUUACACUCGUUUGAGUAGUGGAUGCGAAUCAGCAAAGUGGACACGAGACUCAUUUCUCUGCAGCGUGCAGCUCUGUGUGCUCGAACGCGGCCUGCAGCCCUCCCGGAAGGCCGGACCCCGCUUCCCCGGGCCUACUGCCCCCACCCUCCCCCCAGCUCACUCUACCCACCCUGCUCCUUCCCUGGGAGG